CUCUCUCUACUCUCCACCCUUUUCUCUCUCUUGCAAGUUUAUUCCUAUAUUUGAUUCUACUUAGAUCCCAUAUUCUUCAUAGUUGAAUCCGUUUUCUUUUCUAUGCUUAUACGGAACGCCAUUGCCUAUAUAUUUCUCUUCACCCUCUUCCUCAAACUGUUUUCUUUGACACACCUAUACAACUGAAACUCAAAAACAACAACAACAAUCUAUUAAAAAUCAACAACAACAACAAAAAAACCUGGUUUCAAUGCAAUUCGCCGAAAAAAUGCAACCCCAUAAGAUGGAAUUCCGUGACUACAUCGAAGCAUUGGAGGAAGAAAGAAGAAAAAUUCAGGUUUUCCCCAGAGAACUUCCUCUGUCAUUGGAGCUUGUCACGCAAGCCAUUGAAGCAUGUAGGCAACAGUUGUCAGGAACGACGACGGAGUGCAAUUUGUAUGGCCAAUCGGAGUGUUCGGAGCAGACAUCAAUGGAAGAAGGCCCAGUUUUUGAGGAGUUCAUUCCUAUGAAGAAAAUAGCAUCCCCUGAAGAAGAAGAAGAAGAAGAUGAUGAUGAUGUUGUUGAUGAUGAUGACCAACAUUCUCAUAAGAAUAAGAGCAUGAACAUCACUGAUAAAAAGAAAUCGGAUUGGCUCAGAUCUGUUCAGUUGUGGCAUCAUGAUCCCACUCCUGCUAAAGAGGAUGUGCCUAGAAAAACAAAUGUUGUGGAAGUGAAGAGAAAUGGUGGUGCUUUCCAACCAUUCCACAAAGAGGAAAGUACUAAUGGAAAGGCUAAUAUAUCACCAGCUGUUAAAGCACCCUCUUCACCACCAGUACCUGCUACAAGUUCAACAGGACCAGUCAGAGUAGAAAAUGCUGUGAGCAACAAAAGAGAGGAGAAAGGACAGAAUCAGAGAAAGCAGCGCCGGUGUUGGUCACAGGAAUUGCACAAGCGCUUCUUGCAUGCCCUUCAGCAACUUGGCGGUGCAGAUUCUGCCACACCUAAACAGAUCAGGGAUCAAAUGAAGGUUGAUGGUCUCACCAAUGAUGAAGUCAAAAGUCAUUUGCAGAAAUUUCGUCUGCACACCAGAAGGAGCCCCAUUAUGCACAAUAAUGGUAAUUCACCAACAGCUCCUUUGUUCCUUGUUGGGAACAUUUUUGUUCAACCACCAGAAUAUGCUCCCAUGGCAACCUCAACAGCAUCAGGGGAAUUGACCACAGUUACUGCUUCUACUGGAAUUUAUGCUCCUGUGGCUUCACAUCCUCCAGCUGUUACACACACAUCAACUCCUCCUUCAAUUAAGAAGGCACAGUUUAAACAAUUAGAGGUGUCUGAGCAUUCACAUUCAGGAGAAAGGGCUAAUCACAGUGAAGGGGCUGUUAAUUCAAACUCCCCUACCUCAUCAUCCUCCACUCAGACCACCACAACUUCACCUGGCUGUUGAUUUUUUCAAGAUGUUGUAAAAAAAAGUUUUGUAACUAAACUGUUGUAGCUAUUCUCUUCUGACUUUUUAUUUUUAUUUUACUUCUUUCCUGUUGUAUGGAACUUAAAUUAUAGAGUGGUGAAAAUAUACAGAAAG